GUCAUAAACCAGCUUCGCUAAACAUCUCUGCUGUUUCUCGCUGCAGUUUCAUGAUCAGUGCGCCACAGACCACAACCAUGACGAAGAACGCCGUAACAGGGUUCCAAACCCACCACCAGCGCUUCGACGCAAUCCUCGGCUCAUCCCCAACCUUAGAGCUCCUAGCAGAGCACCAAGCUUACCCCUUCGCGCACGAAGCCGGGGUAUUCAUCGCCGAAACCAACAGUCUCUUCAUCACCAGCAACAGACUCGAUGGACCCGACGGACAGCGAAAAGUCCACAUCACUCGGGUAGACCUCACCACCUACCCAGUCACCUACGAGGAAAUCGACACCGAUGUGCCCAUGGCCAAUGGCGGGGUGAACUACGGCAAGGACAUUCUCUUCUGCGGACAGGGGUCCAUGACCCAGCCCGGGGGGCUAUAUCGCAUGUCUGCCACCCCGCCGUAUAAAUCCGAACUGCUGGUCGGCGACUUCCAUGGUCGGCCAUUCAACUCGGUCAAUGAUGUGGUCGUGCACAGUGAUCGGUCGAUCUGGUUUACAGAUCCUAUUUAUGGCUUUGAGCAGAAGUUCCGUCCGUCGCCGCGUCUACCGAGUCAGGUAUAUCGGUGGUCUCCGCGAGAGGGCACGAUUCGGGCUAUGGCCGAUGGGUUUGGAAGACCGAAUGGGAUUUGUUUCUCGCCGGAUGAGAAAACGGUCUAUGUGACUGAUACAGAUCGGGAGCAUGGGGAUGGGACAAUUAAUGAUCAGAGGGCUUCUACGAUUUACGCUUUUGAUGUGUCUGUAUAUCAUGGAGAGCCGUUCCUCACGAACCGUCGGCUUUUUGCCUUCGCGGACAGUGGAAUUCCCGAUGGAAUCAAAUGCGAUCUGAACGGGAAUGUGUACAGUGGGUGCGGGGAUGGAAUUAAUGUCUGGUCCCCGGGGGGUGUGCUGUUGGGCCGUAUUCUUAUUUAUGGUGGCGUUGCCAACUUUUGUUUCGGGAGGAAUGGGGAGAUUUUUGCCUUGAAUGAGCAUCGCAUAUAUAGAGUCCAGCUCGGAGGAGAAGUGAAGGGAGCACUUCUUGGAUUGUGAAAAGAGGAUGGCGCAUAUGAAGAGGAUAUAUAUUCGAGGUAUCAUCAGGAUGAAGCCAUAGACCGCAUGUGUACCUUUCCAUCUGCUCCCCCGUUGGCAGACUCAUGCCUCCCCCACAGCUCCUGUAACUCAACCCCCAACGAUCUAACCGGCCAACCAGCUCGCUCGCGACAAGCUUCCAGCAGUUUUAAAAUAGCUUCUCGAGCCUGGAUUCCUUCUGCGAACAUUCCC